CUCUUGCUUCUUCACCAUUUGGGCAAUUCUCAUCUCCGAUCCUUCCUUUGUGCAACCGAUAAGAAUCUACAGUACAUAUGAUGACGCAUGAUACGCAUUGUGGCUAGAAUUUCUGUGUGCAAAGACCAGAAUAGAUGGGUGAGGUUCUUACCCGCUUAAAUGCAAUCUUGUCACUCUACCUGAACAUGCAAGCACGGCGAGUUGGUAGGUUGUAUGGAACAUUCAUUAAACCCACCUCAAACCUAAUCCUUGGUUCUUUUGCCUCUGUCUUGCCAAGUUGCUCGGCAUACUCUUUUUGGCCUUGUCAUUAUAUUCUGCAUACUUUCCUUGUUCUAUGGGCCACACAUAUCGAAAUUAAGGCUCUAAUGCAGCACAGUCGGGCGAGCUUGAUGUUGUGCUCUGUGUGUGUGGAGAGAGAGAGACAGGUUUGAACUUUGUUAGAUUUAGUAUAUUAUGAAUUGCUUCUCGCC